AGACCCGUCCUGUGGUGGCCAUCCUCACAGUUUGUUCGGAGCAGACGGUGCAUUUUUGUGGCAAGUCCGGAGGAAGCAGAUCCAGAAGUGUGCAGUGUGUGAACCAAGUGUAAUGAAAGUGUGGCUAGCCUUCUUUGCCCUCGUGGCAGUGGCCUACGCCGUACCGACGAAGAGUUUCUUCUACGGAACUGGCACCGACGAGUAUGUGUAUCAUUAUGAGCUGGACGUUAGGACCGGUGUCUUGGAAACUGACCAAGGAUCUCAGUACGAAGUGAAAGCCGACGUGCAUGUAAGACCAGAUCCUUCUGGCAAUGGAACCUUUGUCUAUCUGGUUGAUCCGACGGUUUACGUGUAUACCGGACCACUGUUCAUGACCGGCGAGAUGCACGGUAAGAAGCCAGUUGAGAAGAGCUUUGUUCCGAUUGUGAAAGAAGCCGAGGUCUUCAAACUGCCAUUCUACGUGACGUACGACAAGUAUGGAUUUGUACAGGAAGUAUUCACCGUUCCGGAGGACGUCCAGUGGAGUGUGAACAUCAAGAAGGGUAUUGCUUCCGUUCUGCAACUUCCGGUCGACAAAGUGCCGGUUCAAAAGUACGUCAAACCAGUCGUGUUCCACGUUGUUGAAGAAAGUAUCUACGGAAAGGUCAAUGUAACGUACGACGUAGAAACCGUAAAGGAAAGCAUCGUCGUAACAAAGUCUCCAGAUUUCACCACCUUCGAGCACAUGCCAUACGAUGUGUACAGCAAUGUGGAGGUCGAAAAAGUUUACAACGACUACAAAGUGUGGAAUGUAACGUAUCCUGAGAUUAAGUACGUUGUGGUCAACGACAAGGACGGAGUAAAGGUACAUGAAGUCUACACCGAGAAUGUAAAGACUGUUCAACCGUCCAUCUCGGAAGGUCAAAUGCAAUACGUUGCGACCAAGCAGUCCUUUGUCUUUGCUAAGGAAGUUACUCCGACGACCCCGAUGGAGUUCACGAAGUUUGUCGUAUACAACCCAGUGGAAUACACUCCUUCCAAAACUACGUUUACGACCUAUUUCCCUUGCCUGUCGGUUGUCCCUCAUGUUGUUGAUAUGAGUGUGAUUGGUCCGAAGGUUCAAGCCAUGCUUUACGAAGCCGUUGAAUAUUUGCACGAAAACCCAAUCACCAACGUUGAAACCGAUACCAAGCAUGGACUGACCAUCACCCGCAUCGUCGAAGUCUUCAAGCCGUUUACCUUUGAAAACUUUGAAAACUUCUACACUCUCAUCACCAAGACUACCACUCCGAAGGACGUCACGGCUGUAGAUGUGUUUUACAAGGUUCUACCCCUGGUCGGUACUAAGAACUCUGUCGUGUUCAUCAAAAACCUUGUGAAGAGUCACAAAGUGAAGGACUUUGUCAGCACUACGAUGCUUUUCUCGAUGGGUCUUAACGUCCGCGUCCCGACUGUCGAGCUGCUGAAGGAAGUCGAAGAGUUUUAUCACUUUGAAGAUGAAGUCAAACCAGAGGUUGCUCACGCCGCCAUCUUGACAUUCGGUACUCUCGUGUACAAGACGUUCAAACAUGAUACUCAUUCACCGGUGCUCCAGCAGUACGUCAAGGUGUACUAUAAGAAGCUAAAAGAAGCCAAGACGUUCGAAGACCAGCUGGUGUGGCUUCAUGGCUUGAAGAACAUCGAAGUCGGUACCGUGUAUGAGCUGAUUGUUCCAAUCGUUAAGGGGGAGCAAGUGCUCGACCUGCACUACGAUCGUCAUCUCCGUGUACAUGCCGUUUACUCCUUGGAGAAGAUCCUUCACUACGACUACGAUACACUGUUUGAGACGGUGUACCCGGUGUUUGUUGAAGAGAACCUUGCUACUGAGCUUAGAGUAGCAGCCCUGAAGGUUCUACUUUCCACAGAGGAGGUGAAAUACUUUGCUAAGAUCGCCAACUACAUCAAAACUGAGAAGAAUCCCCAGGUUUACUCGUUCUUCGUGACUACAGUGCAACACAUGGCAGAAUCAUGCAUACAUGAAGAAACCGACUACUGGCAAUUUGUUAAGCAAACCGAGAAAUUUUUCAGGCACGUUGACACGACUGUUGAGACUCAAGCUUUCUACUAUGAUUAUGUUGAUAAGAAGCACUUCUUUGGAGCCUCCGUAUACGGAAACCUAAUUGCCGAUGACAAACACAACAAGGUCACUCAAUUCUACAUCAACUUUAGUCCAUAUGUAAUGGAUCGUACAGUUGAUCUGUAUUCGGUGUUCGUCAAAUUCGAAGGAGUUGAAAAUCCAUUGACCAUGCUGUGGCCCAAACUGUUUAACGUUGAGCCAAAAACCAUUAAAGAGCCAAUCAUAAAGCAUCAUGAGAAGGAACCAGUUCACGUUGAAUUCACUCUUAUGGCGAACGGAAAGGUUGUUUACACAAAGUACUUCGACGAAGAGACUAUCAAGCAGUUCUACACCUAUACCUACCUGACCAUCCUUACCACGAUGAAAUAUCAAUUUACGACUGUUCUAAAUCUGGCCGAUGUUGAGGUGUUUUCGCCAACCCUUGAUGGAGUUCAGACCAAGGUUGAUUUCGAACUUCCACUGGUCUCCCAAUUCAAAUAUGACGUUGUUGUGCCAACCACCAAGAGUGCUAAUGAGGUCACCUUCUCAGUACACAGCUACUUCCGUCUGUGGAUGCAUGGUUUCUAUGGAAUCUCAGUUUACAAUCCGUUCGCACUGACCUGGCAAGGAUCUCGCCGAGUCCAGGCCUUUGAUUUCAGCGUUCCCUUCAACUUUGACGUUGUAUUCAACUUCCAGCAAAACUCAUUCAAAAUCGUGUGGACCAAGAGCACAAACGAGGUACAGAACGUCGUUGGCUUCAAAACCCAUGUCAAGACUCAGGUUUAUGCUCGUCCUGAUACUGAAGUCGACUAUCUCAAGUCAACUUGCCCAGCUUGCCAACAAUUCCUCACAACGAUCGUAUCUCCUGUGCACAAGAAGAAGGAUGUCGUGCUGUUUGAAGAACACUCCAAAUACACUGGACUGCACUUUUACCUGUCCGUUUAUGAUGUUGAAGUUAUGCCGCACGUCAAAUACUUCAAGUCUCUCUCCGAUGUCUUUGUGAGCGAUGCGUUCUACGAACUGUCUGAAUAUUCCUUCUUCAAAUUUGCAAUGACUUACUACACUUGGUUCUAUACCCACUUCUUCCCACCGCAAUACUCUACGUACGGAGUUGUUGGAUACAUCAACCCAUGCAAGGUUUAUCCGUUCGAAAAGGCCGAAAUCACAUUCAAGGUGAACACCGAGGUUGUGCCACAUGAGAUGUGGACAACGCCCAACUACUACCAAUACGUCAAGAUGUCUGCGGUAUUCAAGAAUGAUCACGACGUUGAGCUCAACCACUGGGAUGUGAACGUUCACUUCACGCACGAGUUUGGAACGUAUUUCAAGAAGUUCAACGUGCAAGUCACGCGUCAAACUCCAGGAGAGAAGAACUUGAAUGUCUGCUUGGACUACGUGAAGGACGUAGAAACUGAUAAGGUCGAAGGCAAAAUGACUUACUACCACGGAUACUCGUACGACCACAAGUGCGUCAAGGACGAUAUGGUCGUGUCGGUUGGCUGGACUGGAACUUACUCCGAUACUCAGAAGAAUUACACCAAAAGUCCAGUGUAUUCCUACAAGGAAUGCGUUAAGCACUACGUUGACGACUACACGCCAAUUCCUGUCACGUACGACUGUGCUGAAGCUUAUACCACCGUUCGUAAGUACGUGUACAACGUUGACUAUCAGCACGUGCUGCCAGUAUACAUGGAUGUGUUCAAGCCCGUAUGGUUCUGGAUGCAACAAAUCUUCCCGGUAUACUAUGACGUUGAUGCGCAUCACCAUGUUCCAACCGGUGGAUUCGUUGUUGAUGUUGAAUAUCCGCUGUGGUGGGUUGAACACCCUACCGUUGACGUUGUCGUUACAUCCCCAGAGGAGAGCUUCGUCUUCGAACACGUUCCAUACUACAACUGGUUCUGGUGGUUCCAACCGGACAGCGUCGUUUUCACCAAAUACUUCGACUUCAUGAAGACGAUUGGAUACACCACCGAAUGCGUUGUAAACCCAAUGUUCAACUACAGCGGCUACCACUACGACGUAAGCAAGACUCCAGUCUACAGCGAAUGGACCCUGUACGCUGCUGAUCAUCCAUCUACCUAUACUUGGGCUAUCUACGUGCAGAAGAUCGAGAAGAACUUUGUGGCUCUGAAAUUUGUGCUCAACGACCAUGUCGUCGUUCUCCAGCCAGUGGUCGAUAAGGCAACCGAGUACACCGGUGUUACGAAGUACACUUUCACCGUCGACAGCUAUAUCAUGGAGGUCAUGAAGGACGGAGUGGUGCCCGGGGUAUAUCCGUUCAAAUACUUCCAGGUCUACAAUACGGUUGUGUUUGUCGUACCGAACGUUUCUCUGUACGUCGCGUACGAUGGUCACCAGGUGGUUGUGGAAACUGUUAAGAGCGAUACCACGCAGUACUACGGACAAUGCUACGUUUAAAUUUGAUUCAGAGUCUGAUUUUAUAGAAAA